UUCGGCGGUGGCGGCGGUGGCGGCGGAGGCGGCGGAGGCGGCGCUCGGUGCGGGCAGGUCGCUCUGCUGCCUGGUCCCAUUUGUUGCCGAGUCCGGCUCGGGGCGGCCGUGGCGCGCGGUGCUCGGGAGAGCCCGGCGGGGCAGCCGCGCAGCCACGACGGAGCAGCCGCGGGACUGGCCGCCCCGCGCCCCCUUCGCCGCCGUGCCCUUCCCCGGCGCGCUCACCCCCUUCUCGGGAUGGGAUUGUAGUGGAGGCGCGGACUCGGCGGGUAUCGCGGCGGAGGCGGCGGCGGCGGCGGCCGAGCGGGGCUCCAUGUUUUCCCCCGGCCAGGAAGAGCACUGCGCCCCCAACAAGGAACCGGUGAAAUAUGGAGAGCUGGUGGUGCUGGGGUACAACGGUGCUUUACCUAAUGGAGACAGAGGUCGGAGGAAAAGCCGAUUUGCUCUUUAUAAACGGCCGAAGGCCAAUGGAGUCAAACCCAGCACGGUCCAUGUGAUAUCUACCCCACAGGCGUCCAAGGCUAUCAGCUGCAAAGGUCAACACAGUAUAUCAUACACUCUGUCAAGGAAUCAGACUGUGGUGGUUGAGUAUACACAUGAUAAAGAUACGGAUAUGUUUCAGGUGGGCAGAUCAACAGAAAGCCCUAUUGACUUCGUUGUUACAGACACCAUUUCUGGCAGUCAGAACAACGAUGAAGCCCAGAUCACACAAAGCACCAUAUCCAGGUUUGCCUGCAGAAUUGUGUGUGAUAGGAACGAACCUUAUACAGCACGGAUAUUUGCAGCCGGAUUCGACUCUUCCAAAAAUAUAUUUCUUGGAGAAAAAGCAGCAAAAUGGAAAAAUCCCGAUGGCCACAUGGAUGGGCUCACUACUAAUGGUGUCCUGGUGAUGCAUCCAAGAGGGGGCUUCACUGAAGAGUCCCAGCCUGGUGUCUGGCGGGAGAUCUCUGUCUGUGGAGAUGUGUACACCUUGAGAGAAACCAGGUCAGCCCAGCAAAGGGGAAAGCUGGUGGAAAGUGAGACCAACGUCCUGCAGGAUGGCUCCCUCAUUGACCUGUGUGGGGCCACUCUUCUCUGGAGAACAGCUGAUGGCCUUUUUCACACUCCAACUCAGAAACACAUUGAAGCCCUCCGUCAGGAGAUCAAUGCCGCCCGGCCGCAGUGUCCUGUAGGGCUCAAUACCUUGGCCUUCCCCAGCAUCAACAGGAAAGAGGUGGUAGAGGAGAAGCAGCCCUGGGCAUACCUCAGCUGUGGCCAUGUGCACGGGUACCACAACUGGGGUCAUCGGAGCGACACUGAGGCCAACGAGAGGGAGUGUCCCAUGUGCAGGACUGUGGGCCCCUACGUACCUCUCUGGCUUGGCUGCGAGGCAGGGUUUUAUGUAGAUGCAGGACCACCAACUCAUGCUUUUACACCUUGUGGACACGUGUGCUCAGAGAAGUCUGCAAAAUAUUGGUCUCAGAUUCCGUUGCCUCAUGGAACUCACGCAUUUCAUGCUGCCUGCCCUUUCUGUGCCACACAGCUGGCUGGGGAACAGAACUGCAUCAAAUUAAUUUUCCAAGGGCCAGUUGACUGAUGCCCUUAACAGCCAUCUACAAUUUAAUUAACAAGUUACUGUGAAGAUUUUGCCACUAACUCUAGAUUUUACCUUUUUAUAAUGCUGUUUAUUAAUGGAGGGGGUCCUGAGGCUGGGAAAAAAGAUGGGGCACAGUGAUGAAAUAUGCCAGGAACAGAAGAUGCCAGUGGUGUGUUGCAUGCUCAGAACAACAGCAUUGUCAUUGAAAUCUGCUUGAUUAAACCAUAAUAUCUUUGUAGUAAUUGGAUUUAAAAUGCCGUGCUUUUAUUUUAACCUUGGAUUUUUAAACAAGUGUUUUCCUUUGUAAAUUUGGACAAGACUUUAUAUCUUAUUUUACCACUGUAGAAAAAAUUUAUUCAAAAGUUGUUGGCUCUUAAUGUGCAACCUUCCAUGCUGUGUGAUGUAAGUGUAACUGAAAGACAUGCAGUGUCUGGAAGUACUUGAUAUAGGCUAGAAUCUGACCGAAACCAAAGGAGCGGCCCUAUAAUACGUGGUUGGUGCACAAGAUAUAACCUUAGGCACAGGCGGUUAUUUUAAAAUCUGGGGGAUUUUUUGGAUAUAUUUUUCUUGGGGGGGGAUUAGAGCAUUCAUAUGCUGUCAUGUUUUCUUCUUUUAGCUUCAGAGAAAUUGAAUUACUUUAUACACACAUCCAUCAAAUACCUUAACAUUUCAAACAAAGAAUCUUCCAUAACUUUUUAGUCGGCCUUUUGUGACUUCUGUCUAAUAUGGUCUUUCCCUGAUAUGCACCUUGUGUGGUUAAAACUGUUAGAUUCAAAUGUAGCACCUCUUAAAAAUUCAUUAACUCUGGGUGAUUACUGCAGCAGAAACCUGGCCUAGGUACUAUAAGCUCAAGUUUAUUUAUUUGCUUACUGAAUUGUUUAAGAUUUAAGAGUGAUUAAACAUCAGAUUUUACUUUUCAGAAUCACUUGUGGGGGUUUCAUAAGGUUUUUUUCUUUCUUAAGAAAGGCAAAAUAUUGCAAGCCUAAAGCAACAUGACACAAUGCUACAGUCGUUUUUGUUCACUCCCUUUCUGCCAUCUGUCACCUUCUCUUGCAGCUUAUGGAGCCUUGUAAAUUUUGAAAAUGUUUGCAAAUCAAACUAAAUUUAAAUGUGAUCAUUAGAUAUACACAACACCAAGUGGUACAUCUGCAGAGAUAAUUUGAAAUUCCUGAUUUCAAGAGAGCAAAUGAGUGUUUACUGAGGAAUAAUUAAAUCAGAAUUUCAUAUGAGCUCCACCAUUCCUCUCUGUUAGUUUCAUUUCAUUUGGAAUAAUAAUUCUUGGAUGCUCAUUCUCUGUGCUCGGUACCAGUAGUAUUACUCUUCCAGAAUGUAAAGAUCCUUUAGGACAUGAGACUGCCAGGGCUGGCUGAGAGGGAGUAGAUCUCCACCACGUGGGGCAAGUAUUUAUUUAAACUAACAGCCUCGUAAAUCAACCAUUGCAGAUCUGUCCUACAUUUUUUAACCUCCAUAAAGAUAUAUAAUUUAUAUGAUUCUAAUAUACUGUAUCCGUAUUUGAAUUGGUUUUUCCAUGUUUUGCUUACCAGCAAAUAUUUUGCUUAUUUUCAGUCGUUCUAACCCAUUUUGAAUGUCCUUUCCCUUAAAGUGAUAAGAUACAUUAAGAUAUAUAUUACUCUUGAUGGCCACUGCUUAAUUUGACUUAGUACAUAAAAUGUUCAGCCUCUCCAUGUUAAAGUAGCUUUACUUUCAGUGGAGAUAACUGUUUAGGAUGAGGCAUUUUUGUUCUGGUAAUUUUUAAGUGAUGUGAAAAUCCAACAACAGUCCCUUCAUUGGCAUUUUACCUACCUGCAGGCAGAAAAUGAAAGAGAGCCAUGCAGUUGCCUAGAAUAAGACAUCGGAUGCCUUUUGAUCUAGCCAGUCUCCAAUGGUUAGCUUUUACUGACAGCCUCUCUUUUCAGCCUUUGCUGCUGCUGCUUGGGGUUCCACAGUGAUAAAGGCAGCACAGGGUCCCUUUUCUUGCUGUCUGGGUUUAGGGAGUCUUGAUACCCUAAAAGCAUCCUGUGAGGUAAAUAAAUGGUCUUGCAUCUAGAAAGGCUGGAUUUUACCUAGCAAAAACAUUUUUUUUUUCAGGAAAGUUAUCAUCUAAUUCCCUUUGAAGGACUAUUGUAGCUCAAGGUCUAUAGUUCUACAUGCAACAUACACCCCAAAAUAUAGUUACCUUCCAACCUGAAAAGUUUCUGACUUUCAGUAAACUCAGAUAGCUAAGUUGUAAUUUGGCUAAUAAAUUCCCAAGCUCUUGGAAGGGGUACAGGGUACGGGUACUGCCCUCUAUCAGCACCUCUUUUCCUUGACUUCCAAGUGAGGUCCUCUCCCAGCUUACCUAAGGCACCACACGGAGGUGGCAAAUCUGCAGAAAAGAACCCAUGUUCAUCUUGGCCAUUUCCAGGAAGAUCCCCUUGUAAUUUGGCUAAUGAGUUUUUUUUUUUCCGGAGGUGAGAGCAAUUUAGUUUGUAAGAAUAAAGAACUCUAUAGUUCAGAACAAGUGAUUUCUCAGAGGUCACUUUUGUUUUUAUGUCUUGCUGCCAUCACACUGAAGGGUGAGUCCCACUCCCCUACGUGUACACAUAAGAAAUUGCUGACCAGUUAUCUUGAUCUCAGUCUGACCAAAAUGCCUUUUGUGAAUAGGUUUCCGGAAGUGAAGCCCCAGCAAUGUAUUCCCAUUUUUUUCAGUUUAUGUCACUUUACUACCAAAAAAAAAAAAAAGAAAAAUUCAGAGUGGAUGGAUACACUCUGAAUAUUUUUCUAGUCUGGAAUUUUUUUAUUAUUAAUAAUCAAUGGUGCCAGGUCAUGCAUGUUACAAAUUCAACAUUCCCCUUAUUUGGUUCCCCUUUCUGCAAAAAGGGCUACAGUUCACACUGCAGAGUAAGUAUUAAGUUUCCUGGGUUUGUGAGUUUCUUUUUUUCUAACUGUGGCCCCCCAAAAUUUUUAAUUAAUAUAAAUAGCAUAUAUAUAUCAUUCCUCAAUACUUAAUUAUAGGGUUUGGUACCUUUGUGCCUCAGGGAAGCCAUGUGGUAUAACUGGUUAUAAAAUUCCAGGGUUAGGGUUUAAAGAAAGGAGAAAGCCAUUGGAAAACUGAAGGGCUCCGUUAAGGAGACUAAUGAAUCUGAAUGCAGAAAUAUGCCAGGAACUGGCAUACAUGAUUGUAGUAGAAUUUAUUUCCAGUAUCAGUAGGGAAGUUAUUACAUAUAUUGUAUUAGGAAAGUCGAGGAGAACUCUUUUCUUCAUAAAGCUUCAAUGCUUUAUUUUUGCUUACAUGAACUCAAACCCCUGCUAUUUGAGAGCUCAGUAUUGUUAUUUGGCACUUUUGAGAGUUUAAAAGGAGUAUGUUUUCUCCUCAAUUUAACAUAGAUUACAGGAUCAUUACCUACAGUUCCAUAUUUCAACCAACUUCUUUUUUAAAGCCAUUCUCUUCUUCGGAUUUGCAUGGAAGGAUGUGUGAUCACAGCGUUGUUAAUGCUGAGAACUAGGUAUCUUCAUGCCAUCUUGUUUUCUAAUGGUGGAAUUUCUGAUAGACAAACCACAGAACCUUCAUUGUAAGCCAGACCCAGCUCUGUUCCCUUGGCUGUCAAUCUUAUAUCUCCAUGAUUUAGCCUUCAUGGGCUGAGGGCCCGACAUUCCUCCUUCAGUGCUGGCAAUAGAGCACAGUUCUAUUAUCAUUUCUUUAGGACCCAGUCAUAGGCCAAUGAGACUUCAGGAUGUUUUUAAAAGAAUGCAAGCAUUAUUGAAGUAGUAAAACAAAAGAAGGUUCAGUAUUUCUUUUUAGUAAAACUUACAUCCUCUCAAGUAAAUUUUCAUCCUGUGAAGAAUUUAUAGAGGAAGAUAAGGAAAAGCAAAUAUUUUUCCAGUUCUACUUAACUGUUUCUAAACAAAAGUAAAGUUGAUGAAGGGAAGUUGUUCCUUUUAACUGAGAUGACAGAUUGUUUUUCUGUACUACAUAGUCUAGAAGUUAAGAGGGUGGUCAUAUUUACCAUGUAUAGUGUUAAAAGCAGUUAAAUUUUAUGGAUAUAUUUGUAAAACUGUUCUUUUAUAUUUCAUGUCAAAUUGAAAAGUUUAUUUCUUCACUAUUGUACCUGUGGAAAUACAAGCCAUUUUACAGGAAAAAUCUUCAAAAACUAUUAAAUGGAUCUCAGUA